AUGGAGAUGUCUGGGGAUUUGGAGAUCUUUCGCGAGCAAUUGCUCGCCUCAGCCGCUGUGAAGAAAGGCCGCCAGCAGGCGCGCGCCAUACAGCACCAACAAGCCCUCGAGAGCAAGGCUCUCCGCAAUGCCUCCCCCCUCUCUCCCAAGCUCUUCCAAGACGCCAUGGACCUCGCCAUCGCGGCAGCCGUACCCGACUUCUUCGAGAUCAAGAUCCUGCGACGACCACGGGAUUACCUCUCCCUCAUGGACGGCUCCCAAGACGGCCAAGUCCUCCUCCUCGAUCGCCUCGUCUCCCUCAUGUCCCUCAACCGGGACUGCUACGCAUCCGUCAUCCGCGAAGAGAACACGCUGGACUCGAUGCUCCGCCAGAACAACUCCAGGCAUUGCGUCCUCGCCCACGCCGCCACCAUCCAGGUCGAGGCCCUCUUGGUCUGGGACUUCAGAAUAGACGAGCCUCCACCAGGUCUUUUUCCUCCCACCAACCGCCAGAUGCACGAGGUCAACUAUCCGAACAGACCCUUCGGAGAUCGCUACAUGCGUCGCUACACCGCCACCCUACGCCGUCGAGACCGCGACGACCUCACCCAAUACGACCUCGCCGACUCGAGCUGCGAACGCUGGUCGCUCUCUCAACCCAUCGACCACCACGACCAGUCCAUCACAAGAAUCUUCGCGUGGUCGGCAUGGUCCUUCUACCGGGAACUCAAGCUCGAGCCCUUAAUUCUUCUUCCAGGGAAAGAUCGCUUCAUUCCAACGAUCUGGCACAAUGUGGAUGCUGCUUUCCAUUCUUCGUACUUGGACGCGCAGAAGGACUGUGGCGUGGCGUUGAGUCCUCCCAAGUGCUUCUGCCUGAUUCCUGCAAAGUAUACGAGGAAAUUGUUCGAGCAUACCGAGCAUCUUGGAUAUUGGGAGGAGGAUGAGAUGUGGAAGGCGGUGGGUGUUUGA